AAAAAGUAAUAGCAAAAAUCCUAGUUUCCUUUCUCUUACUUACCCUAUCUAUAUUUUGGAGGAGCUCUCCUCGAGAGAGCAAUUUUCCUGUGCAUUUAUUAUUCACUGGUCGGAUGUGUUACAAAAUCAUUUGAAUCGAGAGAAACCAUGGCCAUGGGAGGAGACUCUUCCUCAAAAGAUGGUUCCAUUGACUCCUCCAACAUUGGUUUUCUGCUAUUGAAGAAACACGGUUGGAAAGAAGGUACCGGUCUUGGUGCUUCCGAGCAGGGUAGGUUGGAGCCUGUACAAGCAUUUUUGAAGAAUAAUAAACGAGGCCUGGGAGCAGAUAAAGUGAAGGUGGCAGCCAAGAAAUCUUAUGUCACUGCUGCAUCUAACAAGAAAAAUGACCAGAAAUGUAAGACACUCUCAAAGAGGACGAGGAAGAUGCAGGAGCUGGAAAAGCAGUUGCAAGAGAAGGAAUUUGAGCGGACCUUUUAUAGGGAGUUUUGGCCGGAUAAUGUUUGAUGGACAACGAUCCACUUGCAACUAUUUAACAGCUCAUUUUAUAAUCAAUCAGUACACUUUAUUGAAAAUAGUUUUAAUUUCACAUAACUACCUUUUAUUUCAAAUAGAAUUGUAAAGAAAUAGUAGAAAAUUUGUAAAUCCAUGAUUUUCCUGGUUGUAUCACAGCUCAUAUUUAUUCUGUGCAGCUCCAAUGGACAACAUUAGAUUUAUUGCUC